AUGCUUCCAUCGGCCAAAGUUAUUCAUGUCGACACUCGCGGGGCAGUCAUUCUCUCCGAAGAAUCACCAGAGACACGAGACAGUAGAGGCAUCUACCUCCCCAACUACAUAGAGCCCGUUUCGCACAUUGCUGUCGACGUAGGCGGCUCGUUGGCCAAAGUCGUCUACUUUACCCGCUCGCCCGAACCACCAUCUUCUCCGUCGGUUAUCGCUACUCAUGGCAGUGGCACUCCCAGUAACCUCUCCACCCCUAGUCCACGUUCCCGCUCCCCCUCUGACGACUCGAAUACGCUCUCUCCCCCACCACCAAAACGGCAUGGCGCGCUGACACCGCUUGUGCUACACAACGACUCCCAACUCCAUGCUGAUGCCCUGACUGGACUGGCCAAUGGCUCCCUCAUGCGCGACACCAUUCUGCGAAGAACAGUCCAGCACUUCCCUGGCGGGUCACUCAACUUUGAGCGAUUCGAGACCGACGCGAUCGAGGACUGUGUCGAGUUCAUCCAAUCACUCAUUGCUCGAUCCGCCGAAGUUAACGGCGUGUCGAUAGACGAGAUGCGUCGUGGGGUGAAGAUAAUGGCGACUGGUGGUGGGGCGCACAAGUUCUACGAGCUCUUUCGCGGGACAUUGUCGGUGGAAGUGAGGCGGGAGGACGAGAUGGACUGCCUUAUCGAGGGCCUCAAGUUCCUCACCCUCAUUCCCGACGAGGUAUACUACUUUUCUGACGAGCUUAUACAGAGCGUGUCGGCUGGCAAAACGCCAGAUGUUGCUGCUGAUGUCAGCGUCGUGCUCGAACGACCAAGUCCGAACCCACCUGCUUACGCGGUCACUUUCGAGAGCAACCCGACCCCACAGCUCCCUUGUCUACUGGUCAACAUUGGCUCCGGCGUCUCAAUCAUCAAGGUUGACGAAGAUGGCAAGUUUGAGCGUGUAAGCGGAACAAGUCUUGGCGGAGGCACGCUGUGGGGUCUGCUUAGUCUACUCACACCUGCAACUACAUUCGAUGAGAUGCUCAAGUUCUCAGAAGGCGGUGAUAACGCUACUGUGGACAUGCUUGUUGGAGACAUCUACGGCCAAGACUACAGCAAGCUGGGGCUCAAGUCGACAAUGAUUGCGAGCUCGUUUGGCAAGGUAUUCAAGAAGGGUGGCGAGAAAGUGAAAUUCUCUGCAGAAGACAUCAGUCGGAGUCUGCUCUAUGCUGUCUCGAAUAAUAUCGGGCAAAUUGCGUAUAUGAACGCAGAGAAAUACAACCUCGAGCGCAUAUACUUUGGUGGCUGCUUUAUCCGAGGUCACCCAACGACGAUUGCAACGCUGUCUUAUGCAAUUCGGUUCUGGAGUAAAGGCACGAAGCGCGCGUUAUUCCUUCGACACGAAGGCUUCUUGGGGUCGAUCGGGGCGUGGAUGAAGAAUUUUACAAGAGACGAGUCUGACGACGCACAAUAA